UGGAAUGCACCACCACCUCAAAAAAUAAUAACAAAAACAAAAGCACUCGACUCGACUCGUGCGCCGCCGCGCGCGCGCACGCACGCACACUCCGGCCUCGCUCGCAUGGCGGCGUCCACGGCAUCCGCCCCGUUCACGCCGCUCCUCCACCGGCGGCGAGCGAGCGUCCACGGCCGGCGCGGGAGCGGGAGGGCGUUCGUCGCCGUCGUCGUCGCGGCGGCGGCGGGGGGCGCGCCGGAGACGGAGCCGUCCCCGGCUACGGCGGCCGGGGCGGCGGCGCAGGGGAAGAAGAAGACGGUGGACACGAGGAUACACUGGUCGGACCCGGACGAAGGGUGGGUCGGCGGGAACGCCAAGAAGGACGGCGGCGGCCGGAAGAAGGAGCCGCUCGGUGGGAGGUUCGCCGACCUCAUCAACAACCCGUCCGAGUCUCACUACCAGUUCUUGGGGGUGGAACCGAAGGCGGACAUCGAGGAGAUAAAGGCGGCGUACCGGCGGCUGUCCAAGGAGUACCACCCGGACACGACGUCGCUGCCGCUGCGGGAGGCGUCGGAGCGGUUCAUCCGGCUGCGGGAGGCGUACAACGUGCUGAGCCGGGAGGAGUCGCGGCGGUUCUACGACUGGACGCUGGCGCAGGAGGCCGAGAGCCGGCGCCUCCAGCAGCUGCGGUCCAGGCUCGAGGACCCCUACCAGCAGGACCUCGACAGCUACCAGUCCGUCCCCGACAUGGUCGACCGCCUCGGCGGCCGCAACAUGGACCUCAGCGACCAGGCCAUGACCGCGCUCACCAUCGACAUCGGCAUCAUCAUCUUCUGCGUCUUCUGCCUCAUCUACGCCGUCUUCUUCAAGGAGCAGUACUAGAUUAUUCAUUCAUGCCAGGAAGAAGAAAUUUUCAGGUACAUAUACACUCUCAAGAUGUUGUUUGCUAUACGUACGGGUGUAUCAUGAUGUAAUGCGAAAUAAGUACUGCACAUCCACACCAAGUAACCAAAUGUCCCUGUAUCCUGUAUUUUGUCCACAAAAUUGGAUUGUUGCAAUGUGUAAAUAGGCUCUUGAAUGAAAUUAUUGAAAAAGCAA